AUGGCUGCAGAUGCAUCCCAAAGAAACGCUCUGAGGUACCAACAGACCCUGCUGUACGGUGAGUACAGGGAGCAGCUGGGGAACUUUGCCCGACGGGAGGCUGCCCGUUUGCUCACAGAGAGACAAUGGAGAAGACAAGCAGGGGACAACACUGCUGCCCGCAAAGGGCACGGCCGGCGACAUCAUCAUCAUCAUCACCAUCACCCUGUGAACCUAGAGUCACACCACAGCCACUCAUCCUCCAAGAAGCCUCGUCCCUACUCCAAAUGUCAAGAUUGUUUGGCUCGUGUGCGGAGGUACAUAGUGACCAAGUUGGGGGAGGACUGGAUUUUCCUGGUUCUGCUGGGCCUGACUAUGGCUCUGGUCAGCUGGAGCAUGGACUACACCAGCGCCAAGAGCCUGCAAGCCUAUAAGUGGAUACAUGGAGAGCUUAAGGGCAACGUGCUGCUCCAAUACCUGGCCUGGGUUACCUAUCCCAUGAUCCUUGUCAUGUUCGCUUCGCUCUUCUGUCACCUGGUUUCCCCACAGGCCAUCGGUUCUGGUAUUCCUGAACUGAAAACCAUCCUGAGAGGCGUAGUGCUGAAGGAAUAUCUGACCCUCAAAGCCUUCAUAGCGAAAGUCAUCGGCCUCACUGCCGGCUUGGGCAGUGGGAUGCCAGUGGGCAAAGAGGGUCCGUUUGUCCACAUCGCCAGCAUCUGUGCGGCCGUGCUGAGUCAAUUCAUGUCCAUCUUCUCUGGAGUCUAUGAGAACCCUUAUGGUUACACAGAUAUUCUGACUGUUGGCUGUGCCGUUGGGGUGGGAUGCUGUUUCGGCACUCCUCUUGGAGGGGUGUUGUUCAGUAUUGAGGUCACGUCUACCUACUUUGCAGUGAGGAAUUACUGGCGGGGAUAUUUUGCCGCCACAUUCAGCGCCUUCAUAUUCAGGGUGCUCUCUGUUUGGAACAAGGAUGCUGUCACGAUCACAGCUCUCUUCAAAACUAACUUCAGGAUGGAUUUCCCCUUUGACCUGCAGGAGCUGCCUGCAUUUGCAAUCAUAGGGAUCAUAUGCGGCUUCCUGGGGGCGUUCUUCGUUUACCUGAACAGACAGGUGGUCCUCUUCAUGAGAAGACCAACGGCGCUCACACGCUUUUUGACGAAGCAUCGAUUGAUCUAUCCAGGUGCAGUAACACUGAUCAUCGCCACCUUCACGUUUCCUCCUGGAUUCGGACAGUUUAUGGCUGGAGAGCUGAUGCCCAGGGAGUGUAUCAACUCCCUGUUUGAUAAUUUCACCUGGACCAAAAUCUCAGGAUCUCCUGCUCCGCCUGGCCUGGGUCGCUCAGCUGCAUGGAUUCAUCCUCACGUCAGCGUCUUUGUCAUCCUCAUCCUCUUUGUUAUCAUGAAGUUCUGGAUGUCAGCAGUUUCCACUACGAUGCCCAUCCCCUCGGGUGCCUUUAUGCCAGUGUUCAUAUUAGGAGCUGCUUUCGGUCGCCUCGUAGGGGAGAUCAUGGCCACUCUUUUCCCAAAUGGAAUCCUAUUUGAUGGGAUAGUCUACCGCAUCCUGCCGGGAGGUUACGCUGUCAUUGGUGCGGCAGCGAUGACAGGGGCCGUCACACAUACAGUUUCCACUGCGGUAAUCUGCUUUGAGCUGACUGGUCAAAUCUCCCACAUCCUGCCAAUGAUGGUGGCGGUCAUCCUAGCAAACAUGGUGGCCCAGGGUCUGCAGCCUUCCCUAUAUGACUCCAUCAUACAGGUGAAGAAGCUGCCGUAUCUGCCUGAGCUGGCCCUCGGGCACAUCAGCAAGUACAACAUCUUUGUGGAGGACAUUAUGGUACGCAGGGUUAAGUUCUUGUCGUCUCAAUCCACCUUUCGUGAAUUGGACCAUCUGCUAGAUAACUCAACACUGAAAACCAUCCCCCUGGUCGACUCUAAAGAGUCUAUGAUUCUUCUGGGCUCCAUCGAGAGGACGGAGCUUCAAGCUAUUUUCGACUGGUGGCUCUCACCAGCGAGACGAGUCUUUGAAAGAGGUCAAAGUUCACCGGGCCAUGGCUCCAAAGUCACCUGGGAGUCAUUCACCUUUGUAGACGAGGAGGACGGAGAGACUACCGCAGUGCAGGAUGAACGAAACGGGCCCAUCCCAUCCCCCAAACCUCAGGAUCACAAAAGCUCAGCAAAGCGCAACCUGCCGUCUGUCAGGAGGACCCUUCAGAGACUCUUUUCAUCCACGUCAUCGACGGGCCCGACUGAAACUCAGGAGACCGCACCCCCUACACUGACUGACACCAUGUCCCCAGAGGAGAUCAAAGCCUGGGAAGAGGCAGAAAUGGAUAAACCAAUCGAUAUGGAGCAAAUACGCAUAGACCCCUCCCCAUUUCAGCUGGUGGAAAGAACAUCCCUGCACAAGACCCACACUCUGUUCUCUUUGCUGGGUCUCAGUCACGCCUAUGUAACCAGUAUUGGAAAGCUGGUGGGUGUCGUGGCACUCAAAGAGCUACAGAAGGCCAUAGAGGGCUCAACUCGUAGCGGGGUGAGGCUUCGUCCCCCUCUGGCCAGCUUCAGAGACGCCAGUAGGAAAACCAAAAAGCACCAGCCUCCCCCAUCCGCACCUUCCUCCCCCGCCCGAGAAAGGGAACUUUGGGGGGAGGGGAUCGGACUAGAGGGGGAGCUGGCAAGAAAGGACUCCAAAGAGGAUUCACAAGGAAAGGUGUCAUCUUCCAGAGGAGCACCUGAUAGUGAUGCUCCCUCCUCCCCCAGCAGUGUGGGGAGCAGCAGUGGCAUUCCUGCCACAAGAGGAGCUGAAAGCGCUCCACAGGACCCAGAGACCCCCUCUACCUCCUCCCCUACCUCACACUCACCCCCUGCCUCUCCUGUGUCACCCACAAGCCCUGUUCUCACACUGUCCUCCGUGCAGGAAGAGGGGGAGAGUGAGGAGUCAGAUGAGCCCAUAUAGGAGGCCCCAGGAUUCAAAAGAAAAGACUUUUUUUAAAACCUCUUUUUAUUUCACUUUUUUUCUCUGGAGACAGAGCUGCUCUCUGGAUGGAGGACUCGGACCCAUCUGCAGCCCUCACAGACAUUCAGCUCUCAGCGAGCAGGACAAGUUGGUGCACACAAUGCUCCUGAAACUUGUAGUACAGGAUUUUUUUUCUACUCUUAUGACAGUCUCACUUUUUUCACUCUCAAAAUCUCAGGUGCCUUCCUGUGUCUUUUGAUCUACAGACAAACUUCAGCAUAAUGUUCAAUGUCCAUCCAUAUCUUGGAAAUGUUGAAUGUAGCUGUAUGUCAUGUUAAUUUCAGUAAGAACUGACAGCAAUGAAAUGUAUGAUAAUGGAAUAAUAUAUUGAUAACGACUUAAUUAAUUUGACCUAGAGGUCAAAGUGACCAUGCAUUUAAAGUUUACUGAUUGAUUUUAAAUUAUAACUUACAUUUAUCAUUUAUUUGUUCUAUUAUAAAUAUUCAA